AUGCUGGCAAGAAAUCCACCAAGCAUAUAUCAUAUUGGGGAAAAGUUGCGUUGUAGACCUGUACCAGUUCUUGUCCCUGAAGAUGUUAAACCAGCUCUGAACUAUAUUGCAGAUUUAAAUAAUCGAAGAAAGGCAAAAAUUAAAGAUUCCAAAAAGUACCUGUUUGCAACAAAAGGUGCAGGAGCAGUUAGAAGUUAUGACUCGAUCAAAAAGAUAUGUAGUGAAUUAUCCUUGACAAGUCCUGAAAGAAUAACAUCAACUGCACUUAGAAAAUACACUGCCACACUUGCUCAGGUUCUCGAUUUAAAGGAAAACCAGCUAACUUGGCUGUGUAAUCAUUUAGGCCACACAAAGAAGGUUCAUCUGGAACACUAUCGCCAGAUGAGUGGUUUUAUAGAACGAGUUGAAAUAAGCAAAAUUUUAUUAAUACAGGAUAUGAACUUGACAGAAAAGUUCAAAGGGAAAACGCUCAAAGAUGUUUCUAUGAAAGACAUAAUCAAUAGCAAUCAAGGUCAAGGUGAACAGGAAGAGGAAGAGGAGGAUGAUGCACAAAAAGCAGCACAAAGUACUCUUGAAGCACUUGAAGACCCAUGUCCACAAGACAUAGAUGAUUAUAUUCCAGAUGAAUAUUACUUUGACGAGGAAAAUCAGGACUAUGCAGGGGAGGGUAGUAGUACUUCAGUUAUUGUUAAAAAGAGAAAAUCUGCUAAAAAAUGUAAUAGAAUGAAAUGGACAGAAACCGAAGAAGAAGAAAUCAGAAUAUAUUUUAAGAAACAUCUGGCAGCAAAGAAAACUCCUCGAAAGGAGGAAUGUUUAAAGGUCUUAUCUAUCAGCAAAGAGAAAGGAGGAGAGCUUCACAGAAGGUACUGGCAUACAGUAAUUAAGAAGGUUUCAAACAUGAAUAAAAAGGAUUGAUUUAUUUUGUAAUACUUAUGGAAGAUUUUUUUAGGACUGCCACAUUUUUUGUUUUUAAUCUGUUUUUAAGUUGUUCAUCAUGUAUUAUUAAGUCUCUCCAAACAAGACUUAUUGUUUUUGCUCAGUUCUUAUUAUUUUAUUAUUCUUCUUCUUUUUCUCCUUCUUCUUCUUCCGCCACUUGAACUAUGAACUUGUUCACGCUUGUCAGAUUAACUUAGGGUUUCAUAAAAUGUGAGAGGGGAGCCAUCAAUCUUUCUUUUGUGCAUUAGGGUCUAUUUAGGGGUAUUUUGAGGGGCCAAAAGCAAGGAGUGGUUUACUAUAGAACCCUAUAGGAUUUGUUUUUUUUUAAUUUUCAAAUGACUAUAACUUAAAAACAGUAAGUGAUAAAGACACACGGUCUUCAGUAAUGAUCACAGAAAAAUAAAAUAAAGCAAAUACAAUAUAGGGUGAGUCCCUAGGAGUCAUCCCCACCCCCUUCAAUUUGAGAAUGUUCUAAUAUCUUGUAAAAGGUCCAGAUCCCCACCCCUAAACCAUAUAUAUUCUUGUAUGGGACAAUAAAACAAAUCAAAUGCAAUAUAGGGGGAGUCCCCGGGGGUCACCCCAACCCCAUCCUGUUUGAUAACUUGUAAACGGUCCAGAUCCCCACCCCUAAACCAUAUAUAUUCUUGUAUGGGACAAUAAAACAAAUCAAAUAAAAUACAGGGGGAGUCCCCGGGGGUCACCCCUAUCCCCUCCUGUUUGAUAAUUUGAAAAUGGUCGAGAUCCCCACCCCUUAACCAUAUAUAAUCUUGUAUGGGACAAUAAAACAAAACAAAUGCAAUGUAGGG